UCUCUCUGUCCAUAGUCUGUUUACCUGACAGACCUCUUCACGCCUCUCCUGAGCAGGAAAAAGACAGGAAUGAGAGGAGCACGGUGAAAAGUACCAUCACCACAAAGACCCAGGAUUCGUACUCUACAGGAAUGGAUGUGAGAACGUUGGAGAUUCCGGCUGAGCUAUCGGCCAGACUACGCAGCGCAGCAGGGCGGCAGCACGUAUCAGGGGUGACAGAGGUGGCACCUCCACAGGUGAAAGCACAAAACACCUUAAUCCUGCCCCUCGAUAUCGACAGCUACCCCUUCUCACGAUACGCCAACGCCACACUGAAGGAUGGCUGGUGUCAGCCACAGGGCUACUCCCUCCAGCGACCUCUGACCUCUCUGGAGCCUGAAGACGCUCAAACUGCUCUGGAGAUCCACAAGCUGAUACUGCGUUUUGCAGGGGACAGUGAUCUGAGUGGCUGGCAGGAGCAGAUGUUGGGGAACUACAUUGUGGAGCAGGGCCAGACUAGACCCCCCCUGAGGGAUGAGAUCCUAGCCCAGCUGGCCCACACCACCUGGGGCAGGGAGUCAGAGGAGGUGGCGCUGCGGGGCUGGUUGUUACUGGCCUACUGCCUUAGUACAUUCACCCCAUCCCCAGCCCUGGACAAACCCCUGCUCAAGUAAGCAGCCCAGUGAGAAAAAUCAUUUGUAAAGAUGUCGUUUUUGGAGUGGUUAAACAUGUGCUUUGUGUAGUACUAGAAGAAAGGCAUUAAAAUAUGUAAUCUCUUUGUCAACCAUUAUGUUCUUGGUUCUUUGGUUUUGCGUACAUGUGCAGGUAUGUUGGUCUGUGUUUCUCUGUCUCUCCUGUGAACAGGUAUGUUAG